AUGUCUGCAAAGGCCCUUCGCGAGGCUCCACGAGAUCUGUCGGAGAUCGCCAAACAGGAAGAGGCCCUCAUUCUCCCACACUUCACUGCGGACGAUGCCCUUGAGAUCGGUCUAGCAAUCCGUAAUAGACUAAGGGCGUUAUCGAACCUCUCCGCCGUCGUCAACAUUACCCUUGCCAAUAGCAAUAACCUUCUAUUUCAUGCCGUCUCUCGUCCGGGAGUCCAGCCAGAUAACGAUAUCUGGGUAUCGAGAAAGCGCAAGACCGUGCUGCGAUGGGGUGUGAGCACUUGGUUUAUGCACAACAAGCUACAUGGCAAUGAAGAAACCUUCAAGAAUAAAUACAUGCUUGGAGACUCCGCUGGCCAAUAUGCCAUCCAUGGUGGUGGAGUUCCGGUCCGCGUCCGAGGGGUGGAAGGAAUUGUCGGCGUCAUCGUUGUGAGCGGCCUCAAACAACACGAGGACCACCAAGCUGUUGUCGAAGGCUUGGAAGAGUUUUUGGACGGUCUCAAUCAGGCUGCGCCGACACAAUAA